CUUCUCUCACUCACUCCAUCAAAAAACUAAUCGGAGUCCGGAUAUGGCGACCAACAUGGCGGUCGACGACACGAGCUUCGAGGACGAGCAGCUCGCCGCCAUGACCACCGACGACAUUGUCAGAGCCACUCGUCUUCUCGACAACGAGAUCCGUAUUCUUAAGGAAGAAUUGCAAAGAACAAACAUGGAGCUGGAUUCGUACAAAGAAAAGAUAAAGGAGAAUCAGGAAAAGAUUAAGCUCAAUAAGCAGUUACCCUACUUGGUCGGCAACAUUGUUGAGAUAUUAGAAAUGAAUCCAGAAGAUGAAGCUGAGGAAGACGGUGCAAACAUUGAUCUUGACUCACAAAGAAAGGGCAAGUGUGUUGUUCUGAAAACAUCUACUCGUCAGACAAUCUUUCUGCCUGUCGUUGGGCUUGUUGAUCCCGAUAAAUUAAAGCCUGGAGAUCUUGUUGGUGUGAACAAAGAUAGUUACCUGAUCUUGGAUACUCUGCCGUCUGAGUAUGAUUCCAGAGUGAAGGCUAUGGAGGUUGAUGAGAAACCCACUGAAGAUUACAAUGAUAUUGGAGGCUUAGAGAAACAGAUUCAAGAACUGGUUGAGGCGAUUGUUUUACCCAUGACCCACAAGGAGCGUUUUCAGAAAUUAGGGGUUCGCCCACCGAAGGGAGUACUUUUGUAUGGACCUCCUGGAACUGGUAAAACAUUAAUGGCCCGGGCCUGUGCCGCUCAAACAAAUGCCACUUUUCUGAAACUUGCAGGCCCACAACUGGUUCAGAUGUUCAUUGGGGAUGGAGCAAAACUUGUUCGCGAUGCCUUUCAACUUGCCAAAGAGAAAUCUCCUUGCAUCAUUUUCAUAGAUGAAAUUGAUGCAAUUGGCACAAAGCGGUUUGAUAGUGAAGUGAGUGGUGAUAGGGAGGUGCAGCGUACCAUGCUUGAAUUACUAAAUCAACUUGAUGGCUUCAGUAGUGAUGAUCGGAUAAAGGUGAUAGCAGCAACAAAUCGUGCUGACAUCCUUGACCCUGCACUUAUGCGUUCUGGUCGAUUGGAUCGUAAAAUUGAGUUUCCACAUCCCACUGAGGAAGCAAGAGCUCGGAUUCUGCAGAUUCACUCUAGGAAGAUGAAUGUUCACCCAGACGUCAAUUUUGAAGAGUUAGCUCGCUCUACUGAUGAUUUUAAUGGUGCACAACUAAAAGCAGUUUGUGUGGAGGCAGGCAUGCUAGCCCUUCGCCGUGAUGCAACUGAGGUAAACCACGAAGAUUUCAAUGAAGGUAUUAUACAAGUUCAAGCAAAGAAAAAGGCCAGCCUAAACUAUUAUGCAUAGACUGAUAGACUCAAUCUUUGCAUUUGAGAAUGAAAGGGCAGUUAACCUUUGAGCAAAAAGCAUGUCUGAAUCAUGUUACCAGAUGCUUCCUAUAUACUGAACAUGCAAUUUAUCUUCAUCGUAUGGUUUUCUGUUUGUUUUGUAGCAUGAUGAAAUUAAAUCAACCUUUGCACUUGCA